AUGGACAUGUCUCAGUCUCCUCGCCAUCUUGCCUGGUUGGCACUGUCCUUCCUGUGCGGCAUUCUUACACACCACAGCCUGUUCAGACGAGUUGAGCUCGACAGAUACCCGUUACAGGUAGCCAGCGCGUUCGUGGCCAUCUACUUUGCUCUCGUAAAGUCUCUGGGUUCCUCUCCUUAUGGAGAUUACAGCUACUCUGCUUCCUUUGCCGUCACUGUAACCUUCAUCUCGGGACUAAGUCUCAGCACUCUCGUUCAUCGCGCAUUAUUCCACCCUUUGAAGCGAUUCCCCGGCCCCUUUGCCGCCAGACUUUCGAAGUUCUGGGCCACCAUUCAAACGGCAGAGGCGCGGGGGCAGUGGUACAAGUUCAGCCGCCAGCUUCAUGCAGAGUACGGAGACUACGUCAGGAUUGGCCCACGAGAUCUUUCCAUAACGGAUCCAGAUGCCAUAAUUCCGAUUCUCGGUCCAUCAGCCAAGACGAGCAAAGGCCCGUUCUAUGGUUCACUAGAACAGUCUGUUCAUACGACGCUAGACAAGGACUUUCACCGCCAGAGACGUCGUGUAUGGGACAAUGGGUUCAAGGUUGCACUCGAGGGCUUUGCACCUCGAAUAGAAGCUAUCACAGACGAUCUCCUCUCGGUUCUAGCGCGGCACAGCCAAAGCGGUACGCCCGUGCCCUUCAAUGAAAUGGCCCAACGAUUCAGCUUCGAUGUCAUGUGCGCGCUGGCUUUUGGGAAACCAGGUGGAUACUUGAAUGGGAAGUCUACCGUGGAGGAUGAGUCCAUCUUCAAGAGCAUUUACGAAAGUUUGGAGAUGAUUGGCUUGUUCUUGCAUACGCCCUGGAUGAUCAAGAUGCUCGAGAUCUUCUCCGUCCUCCCAGGACCCAUGAAACGGCUGAAGGACUGGUCUUCUGCUAAGGUCCAAGUGCGGAAGCAGAUGAAAAAUCCGCAGGCGGAUCUCAUGGGCCAUCUCAUGGCUCACACUCGCAACGACGCGGCUGGCCGCACGCUGCUCGAUGCAGAAGCGCGCCUCAUCAUCGGUGCUGGAAGCGACACCGCCGCCGGCGCCCUCGCCAUCAUCUUCGCCUACCUCGCCACGCACCCGGCGCACCUCUCCCGCCUGCGCGCCGAAGUCGCCCCCGCCCUCGCGCCAGGCGGCGCAUACACCUGCCUGCGGCCGACGCUGCCCCUCCUCGACGCCACCAUCAACGAAUGCCUCCGGCUGCACCCGCCCGUGCUGUGGGCGUCGUCGCGCGUCACAGGGCCCUCGGGCCUGCACAUUCCCAAAACGACCGAAACCGAACAACUACUACAGUCGCCUGCAGGUACCAGCCUCGCGACGGAGACGAAGACGACGACGACGACGACGACCACAUACAUCCCUCCCAACACCAUCGUCUCCAUCCCCCCCUGCGGCAUCACGCGCGACCCGCGCAACUUCGUCGACCCGGACGCGUUCCGGCCCGAGCGGUGGACGGAGCAGCAGUCACACCUCAUCCGGCGCCGCGAGGCCUUCAUCCCCUUCCUCAUCGGCCCGUACCAGUGUCCGGGGAAGGGGCUGGCGAUGAUGGAGCUGCGCAGCGCGGUGGCGCGGACGGUGGCGAGGUUCGACGUCGUGUGGAUGGAUGGGGAGGGGAGGAGUCUGGCGGGCUGGUUGGAUGAGAUCAAGGAUCAUUUUACCAUGGGGGUGCCGAGGCUGAGGUUGGGGUUCAAGGAGUUGGGGUCUGGGUUGGAGAAGGAGGGGUGA